CCCGCUCCGCGCCCGCAGGAGGGGCCGGGCCCGUCCGAGCCGGCGGCCGCGGCGGCUGCUCCGAGGGCGAACCAACUGAAAAUGUCUCAGAAUCCUGACAAGCUAAAUUCAAGUGAAGAACAGUUGAGUGGUUUGGAGGAUGAUCAGGAGGAGAGCUUGGACAACUUGGAUCAGUCUGUCCGAAAAAGAAUACGACAGAGUGCUCCAGGGUCACACAGAGAUGAGACACCAAAGUCCAGUCCCUCCCGGCCUGUGUCAAUAGAAGAGCUCAUGGAGACAGCAAAGGGAGUCACCAACAUGGCACUGGCACAUGAAAUUGUGGUGAAUGGAGACUUCCAGAUAAAACCAGCUGAAUUGCCAGAGCACAGCUUAGAGAAGAAAGUCAGAGAUAUUGUGCAUAAAGCUUUCUGGGAUUGUCUGGAAGCUCAGCUAAAGGAUGACCCCCCGACAUAUGAUCAUGCAAUUAAGCUGUUGGGAGAAAUUAAAGAGAGUCUUCUGUCUUUCUUGUUGCCUGGUCAUACUAGACUGAGAAGCCAGAUUACAGAAGUUCUUGACCUGGAUUUGAUAAAACAGGAGGCAGAGAAUGGGGCCCUUGACAUUUCUAAGUUGGUCAAAUUUGUUAUUGGGAUGAUGGGGACUCUCUGUGCUCCAGCUCGAGAUGAAGACAUUAAGAAACUGAAAGAUAUUAAUGAAAUAGUUCCUCUUUUCAGAGCAAUUUUCUCUGUAUUAGACCUAAUGAAAAUGGAUAUGGCAAACUUCGCUGUCAGUAGUAUUAGGCCAAAAUUAAUGCAGCAGUCUGCUGAAUAUGAAAGAAAGAAGUUUCAGGAGUUUCUUGAGAAACAGCCAAAUUCUUUAGACCUUGUCACAAAGUGGUUGCAAGAAGCAGCAGAUGAUCUUGCAAAGCUGGGACACGAUGUGUUGCCUCCCCACUGUGGUGAUGGUGCCACUGGUGGAGCUUCUGCCUUGUGCUUCAUUGCUAUACAAAAUCAGGCCUAUCUGAAGCUCCUGAAGUGGGAUCACAUGAACAGGCCUUUUCCAGAAACGGUGCUCAUGGACCAGACUCGCUUCCUGGAGAUCCAGCUGGAGCUGGAGCAGCUCCUCGUGGUGGGGACAGUGCUGCUGGUCACAUUCAGUGCAGCAGGCCCAGCCCUCAUUGAUGUGCCUGGAUUCGCUGAGAAAAUCAAAAGCAUCGUCAAGGUGCUGCUGACAGGAAUGCACCUCCCCUCCUUUAACCUGAAGGAAUCCCUGGCCACCGUGGGUGAGAAGGUGUGUGCUGAAGUGAAUAGCUGCCUUUCCCAGCAUGGCUUUACCCCCUUCUCAGCUGAGAGAGAGGCUGUGCUCAAGGGACAGAUCCAGGCAGUGGCCAGCCCAGAUAACUCCAUCUGCAAGCUCAUAGAUUCUCGAAUUCAAAAGUUUCUGGAGAAUUAUCUUGCAUCCAGUCACCAGAAAUCACUGCCUGCCAUUCCUGGAGGAUUAGGCCCUAUUCAGAGGGAGCUGGAGGAGAUUGCUGCCAAGUACAUUCGUCUUGUCAACUACAACAGAAUGGUCUUCAGCCCUUACUACGAUGCAGUCCUUGGCAAAAUACUGACUAAGGAAAAAUCCCAAAUUGUAGGGAAGUCAGAAGAAUCAUAAAAUCAGUCUGUGUGCUACCAAAACAGUAUUGUCAGCUAUUCAAUAAAACUUGUACCAAUAUUUGUCUAGGAAAACAGCUUUCCAUGUAAAUACUGGUUCCUUUUAACCCAUGAGUGGUGACUGAUGAGGGAAAUACAGGAGAUGCCACAAGGUUUCUGAGGUAAAAGAUGCAUUUCUAAUAUAAUUAUGCAACCUGGGGGGGAUAUCAUAGGAGUUUUCUGGCUGCAAUUUUUAGAUUUUUGAGCUGAUGAUAGGUAGGACAAGUUUAAGAAUCAAACUUUGUGUUUAAGUGGCUCAUUUUAGGGUCUUUAGCUCUUAAUUUACAGUGAAUUUAGUUUAAUUUAUCCAUAGCUGAUUAGCAAUGGUUCUUCCCAGAAGGGGUGAUUUGGUUUUUUUUAAAAAAUCUAACUUUAAAGAAUUAAAAAAGCCAAAAUUCUAAAGAAGAACUUCACCAGACAAAACACCAAGCCAAGCAGCACUUUAAUGUAACAUUAUGGUGAGUAUGGUAGGCUUACUAGUUUUUUCUGUAUUUUACUGCAUUUUUAAUAGCAUUUCUUUGCUGUUUACCUGCAGAUGUUACAAAACAUAAUAUAUUUUUGUAGCAAAUUUUCUGGUUAUUGGGUAACUGUCCUCUGCUAUGUACAGUACUCCCAGAGGUGGCAAUCUUAUAGAUUGCAGCUGUAUUUAUAUCUUGUAAAGAUUUCAGAAAGGGCAGAGCUAAAAUGUUUUGAUAAAAGUGGCAUUUCUUAACCUUUUUUUCCUAGUAAUUUACUCCUUUUUAGGUGAAAUACUAAUUUUAAAGUAAAUUGUCAUUUGUGGAAGGUGGAUUUAAAGUGUGUGAAACUUUGGGCUGAAAAUUUUGGUUUUUUUAAAAAAAACUACAACAGGAGAUGGUUGCAUAUUCAAUCAUGUCUUCAAAAAUAUCCAGGAAGUGUAGAGCACUGUGGGCAGUAUAAGUGAUUUUAAUGUACUGUGAGAGGUGAGUGGUUUGAUGUUAGUUUGAAUAUACAGGGGAUAUUUUAGUAGAUUUUUUCACUUUGUAGAGGUGUUUUUGAAACUUAGAAUAUUUGUAGGUCUUGAAUUUAUUGAGCUAUGUGUUGUUUAGAGGAGAAGAGCCCACUGAUCUUACAUUGCAGUCUCAGGCUCAGCUGGGAGGUAAGUGAAAUUUUCCUCUGGUUGAGCACAACAGUGUAUUACAGUAAUCAAUAUUUGAUGGUUUUAUGAAAGCAAAGUUUGUAGUUAAACACAGUAAGUGGCCCAAGUAUGAGCUUGUCCAAACCAGAACGUGCUAUCUUUAAAAAAAAAACCAAGGCAUGUGAAAUAAAUAAAUCAAGGGGUCGUUGUAUUGCCAACAGGCAGGUUAAUUUAGGAAUCAGUCAAACUAACAGAACUUGUAGAAACACUGGAUUGUGAUCCACUGUUGAUGCCUCCCUUUCCAGCUUCCUUUGAAUAUCAGUGUGGAUAAAGCUGCACCAACUUUGUGUUUGGAGGGGGAUGGAAGAAAUAACACCUUUUUUACUAUAUUAGCCUGUGGAACUCUAAACCAAAUCUUUUCUCAUUCAUUACAAACCCCCUUCCCCGAGGGAAAAACCCAGCAAAACCCUGGAGAGUUCAUCAGCUCAGACAAGUGAUUUUUCUCUUGGCCAGAUGCACUCAGCCAUGUCUGUCUUUGAAUCCUUCUGUGAGAACUCAAAAAUGAGGUUGGUUAGCCAGAAAAAAGGGUUCUGAGUAGGGUCUGUUUAAUUGUUCAGAUUCUACAGAGGUCUUCAAGGCUUCUGCCUCAGCGUGCUGGGCUUUGCUAUGAGAGCAGGCUCUGCCUCCCAAAGCUCUGCCUGUGCUGAAUGAGCCACCACUGCUGGAGACAGCAGUGAGAGAGAUAACCAAGGCACAGCUGGUUUCAGCUUUGUUAAAUGACAGCUGCACAAGUUAGAAAUUGGGUGUUUUAUCUUUCAGUACCAGCCAGGAGCCGCCUUUAGAGGCAGUUUCACUGACGAGUUCGAUGAGGUACAGGACGAUCUCGAGGCUGUGGGGAGGAACAUCAGGGUGAGACAGGUACCUGGAAAAGCCCUUCAAAAGUGUGUGAUGAUGGCAGAGUGAAGGGCACUGCUUUAGCAAUGGGCAAAAUCCUGAUUGAGGGGAUUAAUCCCUGCUCCCAGAGCUGGCAUUCAGGGCAGCAGGGACUGUGCUGCCACCUGUGCUUGUACUGCUUGCAGGAUCCACAGAGGGAAUCCCAUCUCUCACAGGACGGGUUUGAUCCUGAUUUUCAUGUAGCAGAAAAAUCCUAGAAUGAGGGAACAGAGUGCAGAACUCACCUCCAGAAAGGAACAAAUGCUCCUGGCACAGGUGCUCUGGGGGCCUUUCAACAGGAAAGAUCUAAAGGAACUGCAAUAAAUGCCCACAAAGCAUGGUAAUGAUGCUCCCAGGUUCUUGUUCUUAACAAGAGUGUUUGACAAACAGUUUCUCUACAUCCUCUCUAAAAGAAACAGGGAGAUGCAGUUGAGUGGCAGAGCAAGGAGGACAUUCCAGGAUGGCUGAGGCCAGCCCCAUCUCCAUGUGCAGGUGCUGCUUAACCCCUUGCCCUGGCAGAGAGGAGGAAUGCCUUCCAUUUGCCCCAGGCUGACUUUCCUGUAGUCCAAGGGGCUCUUAGGAUCUUACCAGAGUGCAAUUCCAAACAGCCAAUUCCAAGUGAAAAGCUGAAGUACACACAGAAACUGCUUGGAAAGCUCACAUAGUGUUUUUUUAGCUUGUUUGAAGAUACCAAGUGCAACGAUGUAGCUGAUAAUUAACAUUUAGCUUUGUACAUUACAUGGAAGAGCAGUGCAGGUAUCCAGGACCGGUGCUCCUGGGCUGCCCAUAUUGAACUGAGUUAGUCUCACAAUGCUGUCUUCUUCAAACAGUGCUGGAAUUACAAGCCAAAGUGUGCUGUAUCCUCUAGAAAAUGGAAACCAAGCUCAUUCUAAUAUGUAUGCUCUGCUCAAUUUCCUGUGACGGUAUAAUUAGCAUUGCUUUUGAAGUGGCUGAGUAAUAUUUAAGAAGUACCUUGUGUUUGAAUAAAACUAGAAUGAGGCAUGA